CCGUAAUUCGCCAAAAUGACCAACACAGAGGGAAAGAGGAGGGGCACCCGCUACAUGUUCUCUAGGCCUUUUAGAAAACAUGGAGUUGUUCCUUUGGCCACAUACAUGCAAAUCUACAAGAAAGGUGAUAUUGUAGAUAUCAAGGGAAUGGGCGCUGUUCCAAAAGGAAUGCCCCACAAAUGUUACCAUGGCAAAACUGGGAGAGUCUACAAUGUUACCCAGCAUGCUGUUGGCAUCAUUGUAAACAAACAAGUUAAGGGCAAGAUUCUUGCCAAGAGAAUUAAUGUGCGUAUCAAGCAUAUUAAGCACUCUAAGAGCCGAGAUAGCUUCCUGAAAUGGGUGAAGGAAAAUAAUCAGGAAAAGAAGGAAGCCAAAGAGAAAGGUAUUUGGGUUCAACUGAAGCGCCAGCCUGCCCCACCCAGAGAAGCACACUUCGUGAGAACCAAUGGAAAGGAGCCUGAACUGUUGGAGCCCAUUCCCUAUGAAUUCAUGGCAUAAUGGGUGUAAAGAAAAUAAAAGACCUGGACUGUAUAA